ACAACGGUUCCUAGGCAGGAUUUGUUGACGUUAGAGGGAACGUUAUACGACACUAUAAUACACAUAUUUAUUAUAGUUUUCAUUUAGCUAAACCAAAUAAUAAACGACGUUCUGUGUUAGCGCUACAAAAACUAUAGUAACGUUACGGUAAAAAAAAAACUCGGCUUAGCUGCUAACGUUAAUUAAAAAAAGUUAUUUUGAACACAUCACAAGCUAACGUAAGUUAACGUUAACGUACUGAGAAUAUUUUUGUUAGCGGUAAAAACCCACAAACGCUUCAAGAUGAGCGAACAGCUCAAAUUUAUCGUCGAGCAGCUGAACAAGGAGCCUUUCAAGAAAAACUUCAAUCUCAUUACAUUCGACUCUCUGGAGCCAGUGCAGCUACUGCAGACUUUAAGUGAUGUUCUGGCUGAAAUUGAUCCAAAGCAAGCCAUUGAUAUACGCGAGGAAUUGCCUGAGCAGACAACCAAGAGAAUGUUCACCCUUUUGGGGAUGCUGAAAUACAAACCUUCUGGAGGAAUGUCUGAAGUAAGCAGUUUUCGUCAGGGUUUGGUGUCGGGCAGUAAGCCUGUGGUGCACCCCAUCUUGCACUGGCUGUUACAGAGGAUUCCAGAGCUGAAGAAGAGAGCCUAUCUGGCCAGAUUCCUCGUCAAACUAGAGGUUCCUGCUGAGUUUCUGCAAGAUGAUGUCAUUGCUGAGACCUACCACCAGUAUGAGGAGCUGGUGGAGGGCUUCAAGAACAUCCACAAAGAGUGUGAACAGUUGAAGAGCUCUGGUUUCUCCACUGCUGAGAUUCGACGGGACAUUGUUGCAAUGGAGGAGGAGAAGGAUCAGCUCAUCAAAAGAGUGGAACGUCUUAGAAAGAGGGUGGAGGCAGUGUCAAACCACCAGCGCAUGCUGGACCUGGCCAGACAGUUAAGAGUGGAAAAAGAAAGAGAGGAAUCACUCGCUCAUCAGAAACAGGAGCAGAAAAACCAGCUUUUCCAGGCAGAGCAGAGACUGCAGAGAUGUCAGAUCCAGCUCAAAGACUUACAGCAGGCAGCAGCAGACGAAAAGCCAGAGAGCCUUAUGAAGAGACUUGAGGAGGACAUUAAGUUUAACUCCUACAUGGUGUCUGAGAAGCUCCCCAGAGAGUUGGAGAAUAUGAGAAAGGUGGUGCAGUACCUACAGAAGGUGGCAUCUGAGCCUGCUAUGGGCCAGGCAGAAUUGAGGGAGCUGGAGGACAAGAUCAGAGAAACCAACACUGAGAUCAACCAUUUGAUCGAGAAGAGGAUGAUGCGGAAUGACCCGAUGGAUGAUAAACUCUCUCUAUUCAGGCAGCAGGCCGCUAUUAUAGUCCGUAAGAAGGAAACAAAGGUGGAGGAGUUGCAGGAGGCCCGUGAGGAGCUGGCGGCAGUAGAAAGAGAGUUGAACAUGAAGAGCAGUCAAGCACAAGAGCGAGGAGGAGAGCUGAUCCGUGGAGAUGAGUUUAAAAGAUAUGUGGCCAAGAUGCGUGGCAAGAGCAGCACGUAUAAGAAAAAGCGUCAGGAGAUAGCUGAGCUGAAGGCAGAGUAUGGUGUGCUACAGAGAACUGAAGAGAUCCUGAGAGAACGACACACAGCUGGACAACAGCAGCUGCAAUCUCUAGAGGCUCAGCGGGGAAUCUCAGGCUACAGCGAUACUCAGGAAGAGUUGGAGAGAGUCUCUGCCAUCAAGAGCGAGCUGGACGAGAUGAAGGGAAGAACGCUGGACGACAUGUCUGAAAUGGUAAAGAAGCUGAAUUCAGUGAUAGCAGAGAAGAAGUCUGCUCUAUCUCCUCUGAUAAAGGACCUGAGAGCUCUGAGACAGGAACACGCGGAGCUCGCUCCAGAGUACGAGGAGAAAAAGGCUCAGUAUGAAACCUGUGCUGCAGGACUGGAGAGCAACAGAUCCAAGCUGGAACAGGAAGUGAGAACACUCAGGGAAGAGACGGCACAGGAAGAAAGCCGAUAUCAUCACAUUAACUGCACGAGAGAGAUCAUUGAGAGUCAAAUUCAGAGAGCGGCAGAACAAAGUAAGAUCAGUCAGUCAAUGGAUGUACAGGUGCGGAGGACGGCUCUCAGAGAGAAGUACAUUGCAAACACAGCAGAGCAGGAAUCCUUGGGCAAGGUUCUUCGUCAGCAGGUGAAACAGGUGCGAGAGAACCAGGAGCCCAAUAUGAGACAGAUGAAGAUGUGGAAGGAUCUGGAGACGCUGCUGGAGUGCAAGAAACAGUGCUACCUCAAGGCUCAGAGCCAGGCGCCUAUUGGGCACGUCAUCCAGGAUGUUGGCAAGGAUAUGCUGGUUCUGUGAUGCUAUUUGCCUUGUAAAUAUUGUCCCUUUUUGUCAAUGAUUAUUAGAAAAAACUAGGGAAAAUUCUAAAUUUAAUAGGGUAGUUCACCCAACAAAUGUUAAUUUACUCACACUAAAGUGGAUCUAACUUUCAUAAACAUCUUUCUUCUGAACACAAAACAAGAUAUUCUGAAGAAUGUUGAAAGAAGCAGCCAUUGACAUCCAUAGUAGGAAGAAAAAAUGCGAUGGAAGUCAAUGGCUGUUCGGAUUUUUUAAUAGCAUUCUUCAGUAUAUCUUCAUUUGUGAAUUACAUUUCUUCAGAUAAUUUCAGAAGAAAGAAAUUAAGCAUAUUUGCAACAAAUAGAGGAUGAGUAAACGAUGACAGAUUUUUCAUUUUUCGGGUGAACCGUCCCUUUAAGAGACCUCUUCAAAAGUUUCAGUUUAUCUGUUCUUCUGUAUUAGAUGUGGGUUUGAGUGAAUUGUUCAUAUUUGUUUCAUUCUAUAAAUACCCGAUAGCAUUUGUUUCAAAUUUCAAAUAAAACUAUUGUCAUUAGAUCAUUA